AUGUCAGCGCUUCGUUCACAACCAUUGCAACCACUAAACGGUGGCCAAUUGAAUGCCAGAUCAAACAACAUUACCCCAAUCAAAGGUGUCAGGCGGGCAAAAGACCCCAUACCGGAACAGAAACAGCAAGCAAAGAAGAAGAAAGAGAAGUUAUCAGCAUUAUGCAAGACUCCACCUUCCAUUGUUAGAACAAGAAAUGGUAGAGACUAUCGUCGUGGAAAUUUCUUAGGUGAAGGUGGUUUUGCUCGUUGUUUUCAAAUGAAGGAUGCUUCUGGUCAAAUAUACGCUGCAAAGACUGUUGCCAAAGCUUCUAUCAAGAAUGAAAAGACAAAGACUAAACUUUUGUCUGAAAUCAAGAUUCACAAGUCGUUGAAGCAUCCAAAUAUUGUCAAUUUUGUUGAUUGUUUUGAGGACGACGUGAAUGUCUACAUUCUUCUUGAAAUAUGUCCAAACCAAUCCUUAAUGGAACUUUUAAAGAAUAGGAAAAGGGUAUCGGAGCCUGAAGUUCGGUUGUUUAUGGUUCAGGUUGUUGGUGCCAUCAAAUAUUUGCAUUCGAGGAGAGUGAUCCAUAGAGAUUUGAAAUUGGGCAACAUAUUCUUUGAUCCAGACAUGAAUUUGAAAAUCGGUGAUUUUGGACUUGCAUCUGUUUUACCAUCAACUGAUUCAAAGAAGUACACAGUUUGUGGUACUCCAAACUACAUUGCACCUGAAGUGUUGGGUGGCAAAAACACUGGUCACAGUUUUGAAGUGGAUAUAUGGGCAAUAGGGAUUAUGAUGUACGCUUUGCUUGUGGGCAAGCCUCCCUUCCAGGCUAAAGAUGUCAAUGUCAUUUACGAAAGAAUUAAGAAAACAGAAUAUUACUUCCCCGAUGAUAAACCCAUUUCGGAGUCGGCCAAGAUUUUGAUCAAAGAUUUAUUGAGCUUGAAUCCUUUGAACAGACCCACUAUUGAUGAGAUAUUGAGUUACGAAUGGUUCAAGGGUCCAUUCCCUGAUAAAACUCGUGAUAUCAGUUUGAGCGAAACCCCACAAGGACUCGAUCAGAUUUCCAGAGUGCAAUCUGGCAUGAAUUUCAAGCAUGCCAAAGAUAUGGCUGGCAUUUAUACACCAAAGAGUAAAGACCCAGUUGAGAUCUUAAGGUCUGACUUGCAUUCCGAACAACCACGUGCCUUGCUUCCAGAGUCUUUAUCACCAAAUGAUACCAAAAAUAAGUAUCGUGAAGUUGAUCCGGAGCAAAUCGGGAGACCUAGACGUGUCAAUUUCAACUCUCACUUUUCCACCACUAUUAAACGCCUUAAUCAAACUUGUUUUGAAACAUAUCAAAACAUUAGAAGGUUGGAGCAUUCCAGACACGAAAGCAUUGAUCAGUUCGAACUUCCGGUGUGUGAGAAUCCCACGUUGAUCAGCAAAUGGGUAGACUACUCAAACAAGUAUGGUUUCUCCUAUCAAUUGAACAAUGACGACAUUGGGGUUUUGUUCAAUGAUGAAAAUACAUUGUUGAAACUUCACAAUUCCAAUAAAUUUUUGGAGUUGAUUUAUCACGAUGGAGAAGGAUGGACGUGCAUUGAGAAUUCCUUGAGUCACCCUCCGGCACAAGCGAAAAGACAAUUGGAGAUUGUUGACUUUUUCGCCAAGUACAUGAAUAGCAAUUUGUCAAAAGUUAGUGAUAAUGAAGAAAGGAAAGAAAUUGUUUUCUUGAGGCGCUAUAGCAGAACUUCCGAAUACAUCAUGUUUGAAAUGACAAAUGGAAAUUUUCAAUUCAAUUUCAAGGAUCAUCAUAAAAUUUGCAUUUCGAAAGCAGGAUUGGCCAUAACGCACAUUUCGCCUAAUCGGUUAACACAAACACACCCGUUGUUUUCUGUUCUUCAAAAUGGUAACUUCCCCUCUGAGUUGGUUCCAGAAUGUUUGCAAAAAAUUGCCAUCAUCAAAGAAGCAAUCAAGAGAAGGGCAUUCAAGGAGGAGUAG